AUGAGGCCCGAGCCCGGCCCGAACUCAGGUCGGGCCUCGGGCCUGCUCGGGCUCGGGCUGAAAAGCGAAACUCAGAGCCAGGCUCUGCCUGUCCCAGACACUGAAGACCUGCUCCCACAGGACGAGAACACUGAAGACCUGCUCCCACAACAGGAGAACACUGAAGACCUGCUCCCACAGAAGGAGAACGCUGAAGGCAAUGGCAUUGAAAACGACACUGAGGACAUCGGAGAGAAGAUCUUGGCAUCAAACAACCACUCAGCCGCAUUCCUUGAAGAAGGAGACCUGUUGCCUUCUAAAAAAAGGAACGCCAUCAAGUGUAGGUACAACAGCUGCCGCUGGCCCAAAGGCUCUGAUGGCCUGGUCUCAAUCCCCUACACUGUGAGCCGUGCCUUCAAUUCUUAUGAGAAUCGAAUGAUCGAAGGCGCUCUGGGAGGCUUUGCAUCCAAAACUUGCAUCCGCUUUGUCCCCCGUCGCAGCGAGAGAGACUUCAUCCGCGUUGAGAACCGAGCAGGCUGUUUCUCUUCUCUGGGGAAACAGGGCGGGCGCCAGGUGCUGUCACUCAAUAAAAAUGGUUGUGUUUACACUGCCAUUAUCCAGCAUGAGUUCAACCACGCUCUGGGCUUCAAGCACGAGUAG